AUGGUCGACCUGGUCAGAACCUAUGUUUCUGUUUCAGGUCCAGAGAGAAGGACGCAGAAGCUUCGGUCCUCUGCAGGUCAGUGUUCUCGGGCGUUAGCUGAGGUCACGGCGUUCAGACAGGAAGUGAGGAGCGUCGUCACGGUCUCCAACUCCUCCCGCUUCCCUCUGGGUUAUGGAUUCCUAUUGGCUGAAGGUCUGCGUCUGACCCCAGAGGAGCUCCAGAUCAGCCAAUCAGAGGAGGAGCUGCAGAUCUCCGAUAGGCUGCUGAGCCGCUCUAAUGCUGCUCUGCGAUUGGCUGCUUUCUCCACCGUCCGGAUGUUCCUGCCUCCUCAGCGUCGUUCGUACCGGCUGUUCACUCCCCAGUGUGACGCCGACGGACGCUGGCUGCACACACAGUGUCACCACAGCACAGGUCAGUGUUGGUGUGUUGAUGAAGAUGGAGAGUACGUCCCCGGGUCUCUGACCGGCCGCUCGCUCCGCCUGCCGAAAUGUCUGACUCGCUGUCAGAGAGCUGAGGCUCACACGCUGCUCUCUGGUUGGAUGAAAGGAUAUGACCUCAUCACCACUUCAGCUUACCAACCAAAGUGUGAGGAGGAUGGUCGUUUCUCGGUGCUGCAGACAGGCGGCGCUGCAGGCUGGUGUGUGAACCCUCUGACCGGAGAAACCAUACAGGCGGCAACAAGGAGCCCUGCAGGACAGCUGACAUGUCCCAGCUGGUGUGAGCUGCAGGGUUACCAGUGCCGCCCCGACGGCUCCUUCGUCCCGCUGCAGUGUGAUGCCACUUCCUGUUGGUGCGUCUCUGAGGACGGGCAGGAAGUGGGCGGCACCCGAACGCCUCGCCAGACAGGACGGACGCCGUCAUGUGACCGUCCUCUCUGUCCCGACUACGCCGUUACCCAUGGUGCACUGGUCUGCCGCCCGCCGGCCGACGGCCGUCAGAGCUGUGAUCUCGUCUGUGACCGUGGUUACCAGAACUCACUUCCUGCCAGCAGCUUCCUGUGCGCGACGGAGAGUCGGCGAUGGGACAACAGAGCGCUGAGAGGAGCCUGUCAGAUCUCUCAGCCUCUGCAGUCGGUGUCGGUCUCUCAGCUCUGGACGUUGUCCUCGUCCUGCUCUGAGAUCAGCAGUUUACAGUCUCUGUUGUUCAACAUGAUGACCAGCAGGGGGCUCUGCUCUGCACAGCUUCCCGUGUCGGGUCGCUCGGUGUCGCUGUGUGACGACUCGUCGGUGCGUCUGCAGUGUGAUGGCGACGGCGACACGGUGAAGUUAACCGUCAGGCGGACCGCCAGCCUGUCUGACCUGCCGACCUCUGACCUCCCCGACCUCCACGACAGCGGUCUGUUUCUGAACGAGUCCAGACUUCUGGAGGGGGUGCAGGGACUUCUGGGUAAAAUCCAGUUCAUGUCAGAACCCAGACUGGUUUCAAUGACAACACCAAGCUUUGGCUGUUCCCCUGGUUACCGCCUGAACAGUGACGGCGAAGGCUGCGUCGUUUGUCCUGCUGGGAGUUUCUCCAGGGAGGGGGCGUGUCUUCUGUGUCCUCAGGGAACCUAUCAGGAUGAAGAAGGGCGGAGCUUCUGCAGCGAGUGUCCCAGAGGCUCCUCACCUGCUGGAGCGUCAUCUGUCAAUCAAUGUGUGACAGAGUGUCAGAGGCGGGGCUUGAGGUGUUCAGAGCGAGGUGACUUCCUGUCAGCGCAGCCCGACCUCCCGUCCGGCAGGUGGAGGUGUUUCAACAGCGAGGGGGCGGAGCUUGAGUGGACCACCAGUGAAAAGCCUCUGACUGAUGAGGAGUGUGCAGUUCUCAGCAGGUUUCUGGCUGUUCCUGGAUCAGAUCUGAUCGUCGGAGCCGAAGACACUGAAGUCCUGCAAACGAUGACCUCUGACCUCACAACCUGCGUCCAAGCGUGUGCAGCAGAGCCGUCCUGCCACCACGUGGCGCUGUUCAACAGGCAGACUCGGUGUGAACUGUACAGCACGCACACCCUGAACACACACUGCAACACCUCCACGCAGACCAGUGGGUUUCUGGGUAAUCCUCAGGCCGAGCUGUUUGAUUGGCUGAGCUGCUCUCUGAGAGUGAGGGGCGGAGCUUCAGACCUGCUGGUCAUCAGGAAGAAAGGGGCGGAGUCUUUCUCUUCCUUUGUGAGGACGAGGAUGACGAAGGCGGUCUCAGGUGUGUUCAGGACUCAGGUGUUCUCCUCCGGGCGGACGUCUCUCUCUGACGCUCACCGUUUCUGUCAGGACGGCUGCAGCCGUGACGCCUGCUGCGACGGCUUCAUCCUCAACCGGAACAGCCUGAACGGAGGUUCUCUGCUCUGUGGUUGGCUGAGAGCUCCGUCCGUCUUGCUGUGCGGGGACCAGGACUGGGAUGUGAUUGGACAGGGAACAGCCAAUCGUACCUGUGGGGCGGGGCUGACCUACAACGAACAGCAGAGGAGCUUCGUGUUCGACUUCGGAGGACAAAAGUUCACCAUCACGGAUUCUGCUCUGCCGGCUGACAGUAAGGACAAGAAGGACUACCAGGCCUCCAUCGUCAGCUUCCAGGCCGUCUAUCUGAACACCGAUGCAGAGUCAGCAGCCGGUGCUUCUGGUUCCUCUUCCUGUGCAGCAGCAGAUCUCAGCGCUCCUCUGGACGCGUCGGUGCAGCGGAAGUUUGAGUCUCUGUCAGAGGACGACGUCCUCGUGGAUCCUCAGAGAAAACUCCCCACGCUCUCUUUCUGGCUCAACAAGAAGAACUACGACUCCCAGCAGGCACUGCUCUGGUGUCUCUCACGCUGUGACGUCGAGCGGCAGUGUUCGCUCGCCGACCUCAGGGACGCCGACUCAGCAGGUUUCUUCAGCUGCUCGUUGUAUCCGGACAGCAGGGUGUGUGGAGCGUACGACAAACCUCUGAGACGACCCUGUCGCCCCCUGCUGGACAGAACGCCCAACAACACCUACAGCAAGACAGUGGAUCUGUCCGGACCGGUGAAAAGUUUCUACGAGAGAGUUUCCUUCCAGAAGAUGGUUUCUUAUUCUGUUCGCAGCCGAGUGGGUCUGAGAGGAAACGCGCCGCUGUCUGAAGGGUUCACGGAGUGCGAGCGGCGCUGUGAUGAGGAUCCUUGUUGCCGCGGUAUCGGCUUCAUCCGAGACACCAAGUCACCAGGCGGGUCAGACGUGGUGUGUCUGUCUCUGAUCAGUCUCGGGGUUCAGACCUGCGGUGAGGACGACUCGACGACCUGGAGGACUCAGGACUGCAGACCGUCUGCAGUGAAGACUGCGCCGGACCCCUUCGGCUGGUACCAGAAACCAGUGAAUCAGUGGAGCUCCUCUCCUGCUCUCUGUCCUCCGUUCAACCUGCCGCCAACCAGCAUCAACGUGUCUCUGGGUCAGUGGCGUCUCCUCUCCGAGUCAUCAGUCCUCGUCGACCAGUCAGUCUCCACGUAUGAUGUCGUCCACGUGAGCCGUGACAUCGCCGCCGACCGCGACGAGACAAGGGACUGGUGUCUCCAUGCCUGUCAGGAGGCGGAGUCUUGUGUCGCCGUGUCACUCAGCGAAGUGGAGUCCGCCACUCGCUGUGUCCUCUACCCCGACACCACGGCCUGCGGGUUAAGCUCCGCCCCCAGCUCGUCCAGCCCCGCCUCCUACUCCUGCAGGCUGGUCAUCAGAGAGCCCGCCACCCGGGUGUACCUGAGGACAGGCGAGCGGUCGGCGUUGGUUACGUCCUUCUCCAUCCCGGGUCACGGGACUUUGCAGGGCGCCGCCAUUGAAACAGCCGUUGGCUCAGAUAGGAAGAAGGUCGUCCAGUUCCUGGGAGUCCCGUACGCCCGUCCACCAAUAGGAUCCCUCCGCUUUGAAGCUGCUCAGCCGGCCAAUUGGACGGGAACCUGGGACGCCACCAAACCCCGUCCCAGUUGUAUCCAGCCAGGUGACGUAGAAUCUGCAGCCUCCGGUGAGGACUGUCUCUACCUGAACAUCUUCACUCCUGCUGCUCAGCAGAGGGGGCGUGUCCCAGUCCUGGUUUUCUUCUUCAACCCUUCGGCCAAUCAGAGCCCAGGACUGCUGGAUGGCUCCACCCUCGCCGCUGUGGGUAAUAUAGUCGUGGUGACGGCGAGCUACAGAACCGCCGCGCUGGGAUUCCUGAGUACCGGUUCGUCAGGUCUCCAUGGUGACUACGGUCUGUCGGACCAGGAGGCCGCGCUUCGUUGGGUUAACGCCCACAUCUCUCUGGUGGGCGGAGACAACAGGAGCGUGACCGUGGGGGCGGAGCGACGUGGUGCUGACAUCACCAGCCUUCAUCUCCUCUCCUCCUCCUCCUCCCCUCCUCUGUUCCAGCGUUUGAUGCUGAUGGGCGGUUCUGUGUUUUCCCCGUCGCUGCUUCAGACUCCGUCCACCUCCAGGCGUCGGGCGGUCGAUCUGGCCAAAGAGCUCGGCUGUGUGACCUCUGACCCCACCGACGACGACAAGACUGCCGCCUGCCUCAGAGCGACGCCUGUGCACACGCUCAACGCCGCUCAGACCAAGCUGUUGGCGGUCAGCGGCCCGUUUCAGUCCUGGUCUCCGGUCCUUCGGUCCGUCCCGCAGUCGUCCUUCCGCAGAGUCGACCUGCUGCUGGGAACGUCCGAACACGACGGUCUGAUCAGCAGAGCUCGCAGGAUAAAGGACUUCGAGGCUCUGCAGGGUCGAGCUGACGGUAAAACGGCGUUCUACGAGGCUCUGAGUCGCUCGCUGGGUGGAGCCACAGGAAAUGACCUGCUGAAGGAGGCGGCGGCCUGGUUCUACUCUCUGGACCACAGUCCCUCAGCUGCUGGAUACAACCUGUUCUCCAGAGCGCUCAACAACGCCACCAGAGACCUGUUCAUCAUCUGUCCCAGCCUGCAGAUGGCCGGCCACUGGGCUAACGGCAAAGCUAACGUCUUCCUGUACCACCAACCCGCCACCAGCUCUUCCAACAGGGCGGACGUGUUCGUUCCUCUGGAUGUUCAGUUUGUCUUCGGGUCUCCUCAUCAUCCGACGAGCUCUCAGCGUUUCACUUCCACUGACCGGCGCCUCUCUCUGGCCGUGAUGACCUACGUCUCCGGCUUCAUCCGGACCGGGAACCCGAACCCGUCGCGUGCGUGGCCGGCGUCUGCGCUGCCCCGCUGGCAGCAGGUCCUGUCCUCUGAGGCUCCGCCCACCUACCUGGAGCUAAGCCCCGCCCUUCGACACCAGCGGGGUCUGAGUCGGAGCUCCUGCUCCUUCUGGAACCAACUGGGAACCAGACUGACCCGUCUGAGCGGUGAGUCGGGGGCGGAGCCUGUCCAGCCUUCGUUGACCGCUGAGCUCCCAGUGGCUGCACCGUCCAGCCAAUCACAGACUGAGAAAGACGCCUACAGCUAAAGUGUCGACGUCACAGGUUCCCGCCUCCAGAUGGUUUGAUCCUAAACAGCCGCUGUCAAAUUAAUCACCAAUAAAAAGCAUUUUAAACUCUC